CCCACAUUGCGUCGGCGCGAGUUGCCUUUCCCUUUGCCUUUGCCUUCGCGCGAGAGCGAUCACAAUGGCCUUCAGCGCGAUUGAAGAUCUCGAGGAGUACAUGGCCUCGGAGCGCACGGUAGAGCUCUUUGUCCCCGGCCGCAUCUGCCUCAUGGGCGAGCAUUCCGACUGGGCCGGUUCGUAUCGGCGCUUCAACUCGUCGCUGCUGCCCGGCAUGUGCCUCGUGUCGGGCACCAACCAGGGCCUGUACGCGCGGGCGUGCCGGCACCCGUCCAAGCUGAUUGUCACCUCGAUCGACCAGGGUGGCAACGUCUGCGGGCCCACAGAGUUCUCGAUGGAUCCGCAGGCUCUCCUUGCCGCCGCGGCGACCGGCGACCACUUCUCUUACGUGGCCGGCGUGGCGUACCAGAUCCUGGUGCGCUGCCACGUGUCUGGGCUGGUGCUGCACAACUACAAGACGGACCUUCCCGCGCGAAAGGGCCUCUCCUCCUCCGCCGCCGCCUGCGUCCUCGCCGCCCGCGCCUUCAACCGCGUGUACGACCUCAAGCUGACGGUGCGCGGAGAGAUGGACCUGGGGUACCACGGCGAGAUCACGACGCCUUCGCAGUGCGGCCGGAUGGACCAGUGCUGCGCCUUUGGUCCUCGGCCGGUGCUGAUGACCUUCGACGGCGACCGACUCGACUGCGAGGAGCUGUCGCUCAAGAGCACGCUGCACCUGGUCAUCGUCGAGCUGGACGGCACAAAGGACACGACGGUCAUCCUGCAGCGGCUCACAAAGUGCUACCCGGUCCCCGAUGACGAUGCGCAGCGAGGCGUGCACGAGCUGCUCGGCGCGAUCAACCAGCGCAUUGUCAGGGCGGCGAUGGCGGCGCUCGACUGCGGCGACAUGGCGGCGCUUGGCGCGCUCAUGGACGAGGCGCAGGAGCAUUUUGACCGGCUGGCGACGCCGCUCUGCCCGUCGCAGCUGACGGCGCCCAAUCUGCACCGCGUGUUGCGGCACGAGCCGCUACGGAAGCACAUCUUCGGCGCGAAGGGGGUCGGCUCGCAGGGGGACGGCUGCGCGCAGCUCCUCUGCCGCUCCGCCACCGACGCGGAGGCGGCGAUGCGGAUUGUCGAGACGGAGCUCGGCAUGCGCACCAUGCCCCUCCAGAUUGGCGCGUCGCGCCCGGUGGGCCAGGCGGUCGUGCCGGCGGCCUCCUUCUCCGCCGCCUCCUUCCCCGCCUCACGUACCACGCCGCCGGCGCUCUUCCCGCUCCUCGACGCCGACGGCAUCCUUAAGCCCGCGAUCCUGCUUUUGGUCGAGCAGGCAGUCGACGCCGGCCUCGCCAAGGUCGUGAUCGUCGUCUCGCCGGAGCACAAGGGCCACUUUGAGGCGCUCUUCACACCUCCUCGUCACACCUCCUCGUCACACCUCCUCAUGGCGCGGCUGCCGCCUCGGCUGCAGCGCUACGCCGAGAAGAUCCGCGAGGUGGGCGCAAAGGUCGAGCUGGCGCCGACGCUGCUGCUGCUCGGCGACCAUCUCUACACCACCGCGCACCCCGAGGGCACGUCGUGCGUGAGGCAGCUGCUAGCCGCCUACACGGGCACCUCCGUCAUGGCGCUGCAGAGGACCGCCGAGGCACAACCUGCACCGGCGCGGUUUCUACCCGCCUCCUCGCCGCCUCCUCGGAGCCUUCUCGGAACCUUCCCCGCAGGCACACGUGCACCGGCCUUCCUCGAGACGGUCAACGCGCUUGCGCCGUCGCUCGAGUCCGUCUCGCCGUCAGAGGAGGAGUAUCUCGAGCCGCGCACUGGCUACUUGCUCGACUUGGCGCUGCCCUCUUCGCGUGUCGCGAUCGAGGUCGUCACUGAAUGCUUGAUACUAAGGCCGCGAGCUAUGCAGGUGAUCAACUGUGCAGCAUGGCACGGCCCCAUCCGCUCGCCCGCUGCCGCGGCGCCCGUCGGUCCCGUCGGCGGCGGCGCGGCGGCACCGCCUCCGCAGCGGUGGAACAAGUACUACUCACCGCCCGCCUCGGCCGCGGCGCCAAACGGGCGCGAGGCGCGCGAGGCGCGCGCCGCCGCCGCCGCCACGCAGUGGGGUGGUCCGGGGCAGCCGUGGGGCGGUCGCGAGCUGCGCAUGCCCGGCCCCGGCCCGCCGGCGGCCGGGGCGAGCGCGGGCGGGCAGCGGUACGUGCCGCCUAGAUGCAUCUAG